AGAGCGCGACAAAGACUUUCAAAAUAACGUGGUGGCUCGCGCCGGGCUGCUGCCCGAGAGCGGCUCGAGAGAAAAGAAAGAGAGACGGAGAAGAUAGGCCAAGAUGGGGGGAAAAACAUGCGAGCAGCGCCCCGUGGUGCAUUUGACAAGUGAAGGGCGCAUGCGCGAGGCACAACCGACGACUCGCCGAUUUCGCACAUUGCGACGGUCAUGGAUGACUUGGAGGAAAUGCUAAAGCUGUAUCCUGAAAUGAUUCUUAUCUCGAGGUCACCGCCUACUUGGAAGGGACUUCUAUCGAUCAAAAAUGGCUGCAUAAACUGCGAAAUGAAAGUUAAAGUGAAACUAGCAGCCCCGUCAUUUCCACGACUCGAUAAUGCCUCGAUACAUUUUGGAGGAAGUAUCGCAUAUUUGUUUGGCGCAAGAUUCAAGAAUCUGAUAGAUUCGAUAAUGAAAACGUCGGAAUCUGUACCUUGUUUUUUUCAAGAAUUAACAGAAAUCAUUGAAAAUCUUGUAAAUGAAAAUCAAGACAGGGAAAAUUCCAUUGGAUCCAUGGACACGACUGCUAGAGAAAAACUAUUGAAAGAACUCGAUAAUGUCUUAUCGGAAUACUCGUGCGUGGAUUUUUCAUCUACCAAAAAUCUAAACGCCAUUAAGCUCACUAUGAACGAUGUUUCGAUAAUUGUCAAGCCGGUGGUUAAUUCGGUGGGUAAGCAGUCGUGGAAGAUAUGUUCCUCAGACCUACCCGAAUUACCCGACUUUAUUAUCAAUGAAAAGAAAAGUUGGUCGCUGAGAGAAAUUGGAAAUAUGUUUCAAAAGCAAGUGGAUAUAUUGGAAGAUACUUGGGGGCAAUUACGUAGGAUCGACAAUUAUUGUUAUGUUACAGAUCCAGUCGAACCAAAACCGUAUCAUCUUUAUCGUAGAAUUUAUUUAUCACCAUCGCUAUCCUGUUUGAUAACGAUUAAUCCACUGGAUCCAACUGGAUAUCCAAUGAUAAAGUUGCUUGGAGUCCAAAAUGAGGUCGAUAAGUUUAGGAAUUUAAUACAAGACGAAGGCACUAUUGACAGCUGGGAUAUAGAAUGCAGUGUAUAUGAAAAUCUUUUAACUUUGUUAAAAAUCGAUGAAUUUCCUGGGCGACCGAAGAGCCACGAGUCGAUAGAAGAAGGUGUGGUUGGUGACGAAGAAUGUUGUAUAUGCUUUUCAAUGGAAUUAGAAGAUAAUUCGCUGCCCGAUGAAAUUUGUAAUAAUGAAAAAUGUAGACGUCAUUUUCAUUCCAUCUGCUUAUUUCAAUGGCUGCAAGAGCUCGUUACCAAUAAAAUAGUAUUUAACAAAAUUUUUGGUUCGUGUCCUAAUUGUGGAGAGGAGGCAUCUUGCAACAUUCCAUCUACAUAAUUUUAUAUGUUUAUGCAAAUGAAAUGAUAAAGUAAUAUUUAUAAUCAAGAGAAGCAACAGAUUCAUUUAUAAUCUUUGAUGAUGGUGAAUUUUAAGUAACUUUUUACGGAACUAAAAGUUAUCGUUGAAGUUAGCGUGAAUGCCUGUGAAAAUGCCUUAGUCCUAGAUUUCGCGGUCAAAACACGAAGAUAUAAAAUAUCUGUAUG